AUGAAGUACAUAACUCUAGUAUACACUAAACUAAAAUGGCUACUAGAUUUCAUAAUAUAUUAUCCUUUCUAUAAGCUUCAUGAUUCUCAUUUUCCUCCAAUAAUUGCAGGAGUGUACAAUAUAUGCAAUUACGAACUCACCCCUACCUCAGAGGAAGAUGUAGAAUGUUCAGUGUGUCUUUGCAAAAUAGAAGAAGGAGAUGAGAUCAGAGCAUUGAGGUGUGACCAUAUGUAUCACAGAAACUGUUUGGAUAAAUGGGUUAGUUUCAAAAACCAUACUUGUCCACUAUGUAGAGAAUCAUUGAGACCCAGAAAAGCCAUCACUGAGCUUGGAGCUGAAGUUCUAUCUUUUAAUUUUUGUGCAAACCGGAAUGGUCGAGAUCGUGAUGAUUGGUGGAUACGAUGA